AAAAUGAACAGAAAGCAUGGAAAAUAUGCGGUGAAUAUUGAACACUCUGAAAACCAGGCACCAGUCACAUGCUCAAAUGACCAAGAAGCUCACAGCUCCGUGUGCUGGCGUCCACCUUCAAAUGGCGUAACUGGUGAUGUCCCUUCCAGCUUAACUGGGGUCUGCGUGAACCCGGGAGUCCUUGCACAGUCAGGAUACCCACUCACAGACUUGUCCCAUGCACAGGUGAAGGAAAAUUCCUGCAAUAAUGGGUCUCUGUGGAAAGUCUUUUUGGCUUGUCUCUUAGCCUGUGUGAUAACAACAGCAAUUGGAGUACUCAUAAUAUGCCUGGUGAAUAACGGGGGGAAUGGCAGUCCUUCCAUUGUUAUCCAGGUACCAACUAUGAGUAGGGAGCCUGCAGUUACCACUCCUGGAACAACCGCUACUACUUCUCAACCUACUGUGACCACCAGUUCAGCUGGACUGACGGCUACAACCACCUCAACAGAAUCUACUACCUCUGCUGCAUCCACUGAAAAUAUAGCCACAGCCACCACUUCCGCUGCACCUACAGCCCCCACCACUUCUAGUUAG